GACCCUCCUCUCGGCGUCAGUGUCUUUAUAAACUGCGGCGCGUCACCGCCUCUUGUCUGUACAGUCCUGAGUGCUUGUGGAGAAGCGUGCACGCGCCACUGCAACCGUAACUGCGACAUUACAGAUUAAACACACGAUGUCUGACGAGGGGAAGCUGUUCAUCGGCGGCUUGAGUUUCGAUACCACCGAACAGUCGCUAGAGGAUGCUUUCUCCAAAUAUGGAGUUAUCACCAACGUUCAUGUGGCCCGAAACAGAGAAACAAACAAAUCAAGAGGCUUUGGGUUUGUUACCUUUGAGAAUCCAGAUGAUGCUAAAGAUGCUCUCGAGGGAAUGAAUGGAAAGUCUGUUGACGGGCGGACAAUUCGUGUGGAUGAAGCCGGAAAAGGUGGCGGUGGACGAUCGGGUGGUGGAUCCUACAGGGGUGGAGGAGGAAGAGGUGGAGGAGGAGGUUUCUUCAGAGGGGGCAGAGGACGAGGGGGAUCUAGAGGUGGUGGUGGUUAUGGAGGUGGUGACCGUUAUGGGGGAGGUGAUCGCAGUUACGGAAGUGACCGGAGCUACGGUGGUGGGGGAGGAUACAAGAGCAGCGGGGGUGGUUACUCCUCAGGAGGGGGUGGCGGCGGCUACAGCAGAGACAGGAGUUCAGGUUACAGUGAUCGUGGCAGCUCAUACAGAGAUGGCUAUGAUAGCUAUGGUAUGUAUUAGCUUCCUCCUCUGCAGUUUAUACAAGCAUGUAGCCUUCCCCUCUGUACGCCGUAGGCCGGCACAACCCGUUUUUCUAGGAUUUCCGGAACUGCGAGGCAAAACUCCCUUUUUUCCGAUGCCGCCUCUUUUUAUUUUAUUUUUUUAAACGGUUAAGUUUUUCUACUGUGUAGGCCAAACUAUGCCAUUUUUAAUGGGUUGAUAUUGAUUUUCCCACGUGAAAGACCAAAAGCAGGACAGCUGCCCGUCACUUUGUGUACUGCGUAAACUAUCGUCUCGAUUUAAAGACUGGCGUCCACUUGCAUAUGAGGGUGUAGUGCCUCCAUCUUGCUCUUCAAAUCACUCACCCUGCUGGAAUGAACCCUGGCCUCCAUCUGAAACGUUCCCCCGAUUUUUCUCUUCUGUUCCUGGUUUGAUAUAGAUGGAUAGCCGAGGCCAUGACUGUCUUAACCUGUUGCGACGUGUCCUUGUGUGUCGCACUUCCUCCUCAGCUGCACACAAGUAAACCCCAAGACCUGACACACCACUGGCUACACGUUUCUCAACCAUCUGUUCUUGGAUUUCUGUUCUUCUGUUCAAGUAUUUUGAGGAAACUGCCAAUUCUAUACAUUGGCUGUGAAUGUGUUCAUGUUACGUGGAGAGUGAACGUUGAGCCUCAUUUUAAAACCUCUGUCAAUACUCUGAGCAACUUUAUCUGUCUAUUGCUAUUAAUCUCAGUCCUGCAGGAAGUCACGUUUAAUUUCAGGGGAAAUCCUAGUGUGUUUGCUCUGAACUGAAAGCUCCUUUUAAAAAAAUAUAUACAACUCAGAAUUCUAGCGUUACUGGAAUCGCUGUUAUUUUAAAUAAAAUGAUUCCUUUUAAUAUAAAGGUCAUGAAUUCUCCAUAUGUCCAGUAUCCAAAAAGUGAUUCCUUUCAGACUGGUGACCGCUGCUGGAGCGUCUGGUGCACUGGUGCUGUUGAGUUGCUCUACCCGAGGUAUAUCUCCUCUGCCUGCUCCACGUCUGCAUUUUAACCAUGUUGUAAUGAUGGACUCUUGAGAAAAUUAAUUUAUAAUUUAGCCAAGAACCAGAAAUUGUUAAUCGUCACUCCAAAACUGGGAAAAACUUGUGCUCCUGUGUUCUUUGUAUCAAAAUUUGACUCAUUCUUUAUUUUUUUGGCUUCAUGGAGCCUUAUUAAACAAAACCAUUUGUUCAAA